AUGGGAGCGCGGGUGCGGCAGCAGGCGGGGGUGCCACACGGAGCGCACCACGAGAGGAUCAUGCGGGGAGAGGCGGGGAGAGAGACCCCGGGCGCCGCCACGAGGAGCGAACUCAGGGGCUGCCUCGUAUGUAAGGCCGCGAGGGACGCGGCGAGGAGGGCGGCACUAAAGCGGGACCCGCUGUGCCCGAUCGUGCGGAAAGCCGCGCAGCAAUGGACCGAGGAAGAUGAGAACCCGCCUAGAGCGACAAUGGCGCACUUGCUUAGCGGCGCCUGUCCGGGGAAUAGGGAGCAGGCCAGAUGGUUCCUCAGAGUAGCGCGAGCGCAGACGGGGACGGCGAUCAGCAAAGUAGCGCAGGCGGCACCCGACUCCAAGGAUACGCUGAAGACGCUGAGAAUAGCGCAUGUCGCUGCGCUGAAGGGCUCACGCUAUAGGGUGCUGGAUGAGGAUGGGUACGAUGCACUAGCACCAGCCGUCGGGGGGGUGUUGCCGGCGCUGGUAGAUGAUCUCUCGGAGAAGAGCCGGAGGGACCUUGGCGCCGGGGUCACGAGGAACUUGCAAGUCGUGGCCGAGGCGGCGACGGGAGCGGUGCAGAGGUGGAUCCAGCUCAAUGAUGAGGCUACGGCGCGCAUAAUGAAGAGAGAGGAACACAUCGAGUGGCUGAGGAAGCUCUUCGCUGGGUGGAAGGAGGCCCGGCCAGCCUUGAGGGAGUCGCGGAGGAGGAGGGAUAAUGGAGGCAACGUGCAGACAGGCCAGCAGCCAGUGGGACGAACGAGGGCCGCGACGGCGGCUCAAGCGGGAGGGAGCGGAGACGGUGGGCAGAGAGCGAAGUGGGUGAGACUGAUGAUGCUCCUUCGACUUAGGGAGCGGUACAGAUGCUGGGCGGGCUUCAGGCUGGUGCUCACGCGAACAGGAAUCGACGCGAUGUACAAAGCAUACAAGAAGGGGAGAGGGAAGAGGAGAGACGCCGGUGAGGACGAAGCAGAAACUAGCGCAGACGAGGGCAGGGCAGACCCGGGGACUGGGGAGCCGGAGCAGACGGCAUCGGCCGCCGAGGGAACGGCAGAAGACGGUGAGGCGGAGCAGACGCGCAGGGCGAGACGAGGGAGGGAGCAGGACUUUGCGGAGAUCAGCAGGAGGAUGUACGAAGAGAUUAGGAGCAGCAGGGACCCGAGGGACCAUGAGUCCAGUGUGCGGCGAAAAUUCUUUUUCGGGGAACCAAAGUCGGCGCUGAGUCGGCGUGAGAUGUGGUUCCCGUGGUGA